CUCACAUAUUUUCACGUCACAUAAGGACAAUCUUUACAUCUUUCACUAUAAAUACCCUAAAAAUUAUGGGCUUUUGAUCAAGGCCAUGCAAAAAAGAAAGAAUUUAUAAAAAAAAUAAAUAACUCUCAUUCAAAAUGAAGAAAAUACUCUCAAUUACAUGGUUAACACUAGGAAUAAUACUAGUGUUGGUUUGUGUGGUGGCCGGAGUUUCGACGGGUCGGUCGUCGGAAGUUGGUAAGAAAAAAGAGAAGAUUGGGCAUGGUUACAAGGUAGAAUGGGCUGAUUUAGAUGAAAAUUCAGGCACUUCUUUGACUGCUAAACUUAAAGUUAUUAAGAAAUCCUCAGUUUAUGGACUUGAUGUUAAACAUCUCACCCUCACUGCUAGCUUCGAGACACAAGACAUGCUAAGAGUUCGAAUCACAGAUGCUAACACCCAACGUUGGGAACUUCCUCAACAAGUAAUCUCUCGUCCACUACCCCCAAAACCUCUUACUUCUCCAAAAUCACCAUUUUCUCUUUACUCAUCCCAUUCCAUACAACUCUCUAACCCUAAUUCAGACCUCAUUUUUACCCUCCAAAAAACUUCUCCAUUCGGGUUUUCCAUCUCUCGUACAUCCACCGGCGACACCCUCUUCGACACGACACCCGAUGAAUCCGACCCGAAUACGUUCCUCAUUUUCAAGGAUCAAUACCUACAAUUAUCAUCCUCACUUCCGGCCCAAAGUUCACAUCUUUAUGGGCUUGGUGAGCAUAUUAAGCCCACUUUUCAGUUGGCCCGUAACCAAACCCUUACCAUGUGGAAUGCUGAUAUUCCUAGUAGUACUCCGGAUGUUAAUUUAUAUGGGGCCCACCCGUUUUAUAUGGAUGUGAGGUCGGAUCCUGAGGCCGGGUCUACUCAUGGUGUGUUGUUGUUGAAUAGUAAUGGGAUGGAUGUUGAGUAUACUGGUGAUAGGAUUACGUAUAAAGUUAUUGGUGGUGUUAUUGAUCUUUAUGUGUUUGCUGGGCCCACUCCUGUUAAGGUUGUGGAACAGUAUACUCGUCUUAUCGGUCGUCCUGCUCCUAUGCCUUAUUGGGCUUUUGGAUUUCAUAAUUGUCGAUAUGGAUACCAUGACGUGGAUGAACUUGAGUCAGUGGUUGAUGGAUAUGCGAAAGCCAAAAUUCCUUUGGAAGUUAUGUGGACAGAUAUUGAUUAUAUGGAUGCUUUCAAGGACUUUACUUUUGAUCCUAUUAAUUUUCCUUUAGACAAGAUGCAAAAAUUGGUUUCUAAACUUCAUAAGAAUGGCCAAAAAUAUGUGCCUAUUGUGGAUCCUGGCAUUAGUACAAAUGACACAUAUGGAACUUUCAUCAGAGGAAUGGAGCAUGAUAUCUUCAUUAAGCGUGAUGGUAAACCAUAUCUUGGUUCAGUAUGGCCAGGUCCUGUGUACUUCCCUGAUUUCCUACACCCAUCUGCUUCAACCUACUGGACUGAUGAGAUCCGCAGAUUUCUAGACCUACUUCCUGUCGAUGGUAUUUGGAUCGACAUGAACGAAGCCUCGAAUUUCAUCACCUCCGAACCUAACCCAAAUUUGACCCUUGAUGAUCCACCGUAUAAAAUCAAUGAUUAUGGUGUGCAGCGCCCGAUUCUGAACAAAACUAUACCAGCAUCAGCAGUGCAUUAUGGUGGCAUUUUCGACUAUGAUGUGCAUAACUUGUAUGGACACCUUGAAGCUAUAGCUACCCAUGAUGCACUUGUUGAAGUCACUAAAAAAAGGCCUUUUGUACUUUCUAGAUCAACUUUUGUUGGGUCUGGAAAGUAUACUGCACAUUGGACAGGGGAUAAUGCUGCUACUUGGGAUGAUUUAGCUUAUUCCAUUCCUUCUAUUUUGAACUUUGGAUUGUUUGGAAUUCCUAUGGUUGGGGCUGAUAUUUGUGGGUUUUUGGAGGACACAACUGAGGAGCUUUGUCGUCGUUGGACACAGGUAGGAGCCUUUUAUCCAUUUGCAAGAGAUCAUUCAAACAUUGGUACUUUAUAUCAAGAACUUUAUAGAUGGGAUUCUGUUGCUGCCACAGCAAGGAAAGUGUUGGGUCUGCGUUACCGCCUUCUUCCUUAUUACUAUACCUUGAUGUACAUGGCACAUGUGACAGGAAUUCCUAUAGCUCGACCAUUGUUCUUCUCUUUUCCUACUGAUGUAAAGACUUAUGGAAUAAACUCACAGUUCCUUAUUGGUCAAGGAGUCAUGAUUUCUCCUGUUCUUAAACCUGCAGCGGAAUCUGUUGAUGCCUACUUUCCGAAAGGAAACUGGUUUGAUCUCUUUGAUUAUACACAAUCAGUAUAUGCUGCUAGAGGAAGACAUGUUAAACUCAGUGCACCAGCCGAUCAUAUCAAUGUUCAUGUUCAUGAAGGUAACAUUCUUACGAUGCAAGGAGAAGCGAUGACAACAGAAGCAGCGCGCAAAACACCAUUCCAUCUCUUGAUAGUCAUGAGCGCGAAUGGUGCCAGUUCCGGAGAACUCUUCCUAGACAACGGAGUUGAUGCCAAGAUUGGUGCCGCGGGAGGUGACUGGAGCUUUGUACGAUUCUCCGCGAACUUUUCAAGAGAGAUCUUAAGUAUUAGAUCACAAGUCAUGAACAGAGGGUUUGCAUUGAGUCAGAAAUGGAUCAUAAACAAAAUAACAGUUUUGGGUAUAAGAAGAGGAAUGGAUGUAAAUGAGUAUAGGGUACUAAAGACUAAUGGUCUUAAAGCAUUUAAGGGUAAUAGUCCCAAAUUAAGUACUAGUUUGGACCAAAAUGGGGAGUUCCUUAUUGUUGAAUUGAAUGGAAUAAGUGUGAAAUUGGGACAUGACUUUAAGGUUGAGAUGGACUUUGAUAUUGAUGGAGCUACUUCUACUUAUUAAAGACCUACACAUAAUGGUUAAGUAUGCUAAAUAACAUUAUUGUGUGGUGUUUGCAUUAUAUCAUAUGUAUUAUAUGACAAUAAUGAUCAAUAAAUCUGGUUUUUAAUAUAAAA